GAGUGAACCUGCAUUUGCAUGACAUGGCAGAAUAACGGUGAUGUGGCAGUAUUUGUGAAGGGGUCUGAGAAACAACAACUGUCUUAAUUUACACAACUUUGGACACGUCAAAAGAAAGAGCAAGUUAGCGGUGAGAACAUGCAGCUCAGUGAGGAACAGCUGCAUCAGAUAGAGAAGAACAGACGCGCCGCACUGGAACGACUGGCCAGCAGAAAUGUACCUGUACCCGUUGGUGAAAGCUGGCGAAGACAAAUCGGGACUGAAUUUACAAAACCUUAUUUUACAAAACUCAUGUCUUUUGUUACAAUGGAGAGGAAAUGCUUUACUGUUUAUCCCAGCCCUGAGCAGGUGUUUUAUUGUACAACUUUGUGCGCAAUUGAAGAUGUAAAAGUGGUCAUUCUCGGGCAAGACCCCUAUCACCAUCCAGGUCAGGCUCAUGGUUUGGCCUUCAGUGUGCUGAGGCCUAAACCUCCUCCUCCUAGUUUGGAAAACAUAUUUACGGAGUUGAAGGAAGAUAUUGUUGGCUUCAGACACCCAGGUCAUGGAGACCUCACAGAAUGGGCUAAACAGGGUGUUCUGCUGCUGAAUUCUGUGUUGACAGUGAGGGCUCUUCAACCCACCUCUCAUGAGGGUCAAGGCUGGGAGAUCUUCACAGAUGCUGUGGUGCUGUGGCUCAGCAGGAAUCUCAACGGCUUGGUCUUUCUGCUUUGGGGCUCUUAUGCUCAGAGGAAAGGCAGAAUGAUCGACAGAAAACAUCAUCAUGUCCUUGAGACUUCACAUCCAUCACCGUACUCAGCACAAUUAGGCUUCUUUGGAUGUAGGCACUUCUCUAAAACUAACAUUUUGCUUAAAGCAUCAGGAAAGAAGCCAGUUGAUUGGAAAGCUCUCUGAAAUAAAGUUAUACCAUUGUUUCCUAAUUUUUUUUUUUUUUUUUGUAAAACAGAGAGGAACAUUAAAUAUUAUACAUUACAAUUGAAUAUUUGGCAUUGUAUAGUACAUUUAUAUUGCAAAUGGGUCACAGCUGCCCUGUUGUGAGGUUGACCUUGUAAUAAUCAUCUACAUGUUGUUAUAUUGCAAAUAAUUACAUUAUCUGGACAAUAAAUUAAUACAAUUAAUUAA